GUGAUGAAGCCAAUGGCCACCAAUGGCAUGGCCCCUUCCUUCUACCCGGCCAACUUCCUCCUCCAAAUGCAGCAAGCCCUGCCUCACCACUACCAGCAGCAGGAGCAGCACCAUGAAGGCCACGACGACGAGGACCACGAGGCGGCGCACCAUCUCCUGGCUCCCCCUCCCGCGGCCCUCGUCAGCCCUUUCCUCCACGACUUCGGCGGCGCCAUGGCGGCCGCGCCGCCGCCGCCAAUGCUGGCCGGCGGCUUCGGCGGCAAGCGCAUGUAUCCAGACGUCGGCGGGAUGGCCGGCGACGACAGCCACCACCUGCACGCGGAGCCCCAGCAGCAGCAGGAGCAGCAGGCGUCGGACGACGAGGAGGAGGGGUCCGCCGCGGUGGGCGGCGGCGAGCGGAAGCGGCGGCUGAGCGUGGACCAGGUGCGCACCCUGGAGCGCAGCUUCGAGGUGGCCAACAAGCUGGAGCCCGAGCGCAAGGCGCAGCUGGCCCGCGCGCUGGGGCUGCAGCCCCGCCAGGUGGCCAUCUGGUUCCAGAACCGCCGCGCCAGGUGGAAGACCAAGCAGCUGGAGAAGGACUACGACGCGCUGCGCCGCCAGCUCGACGCCGCCCGCGCCGAGAACGACGCCCUCCUCUCCCACAACAAGAAGCUACAGGCAGAGAUCAUGGCGCUCAAGGGAGGCGGAGGCGGCGGAGGGAGGCAGGAGGCGGCGUCGGAGCUCAUCAACCUCAACGUCAGAGAGACGGAGGCGUCCUGCAGCGAGAAUAACAGCUCCGAGAUCAACGGCCUCGACGUCUCCAGGCCUGAUCCGGCCGCCGGCGAGAGCCCCGCCAUGAACAGCUACCGCGGCGGCCUCCCGUUCUACGCCUCCGCUGCCGCCCGCGCCGACAUCCACCACCAGCUCCUGCACAGCGGCGGCCAGCCGUCCCCAGCCGCGGCGGCGCCGCCUAAGAUGGAGCUCGCCCCCGGCAGUCCUCCCGCCACGGCCGGUGGCGGCGGAGGCACCUUUGGCAGCCUGCUGUGCGGCGCCGCUGUCGACGAGCCGCCGCCGUUCUGGUCGUGGGCCGACGGACACCACACCUGCUUCCAGUGAACAAGUCAAAUACGUACGAUUCUUCCCAUUCGUCAUACACGGUGAGCCACGGAUCCAACAGCACGUCGUCGGCCGCCGCCGACGUAUAUGUUGUGGGCAAUGCAAAUGCCUCGUACGUGUUGAACAAAUUGAUCAAAGAAGCAGCUCGGAUAUGCGAGGUGAUCCAUUGGAUGAGAUGUUCCAAUUUGAGUUCGAUCGAGAUUAGGAUCAUGCACGGAGUGAAUCAUAUAUACGAGUAUAGCUAGAUUUUGGAGUUGAGUAGUAUGUUUUU